CUUAUAGAGCUUAUUCAUGACGCACUACAGGCUCUCGCAAUACAGCAACCGCGGGUGCUCUGUCUCGGACUGGGGAACCCUUCAUCCUCUCGUGAUGCGCGGGCCCAGCUCGCGUUUCUCCUUGCAGUUUGUGACGAUCUCACGCUCGAGCGAUCGACAGUCUCCGCAUAUGAUCCUGUUUUCACGGACGAAGAUGGACAACUUCUGGCGACCGCGCAGGUGCAGCGCCUGAUCGAGAACCGAGCAUGUACCCAGUCUUUCAGCGCGGCGUAUCCGCUCGGGGAGCCGACUAUCGUAUACAUGCCGCAUUGCGAUCUGCCCCUGUACGAAAACAUCCUCCGCGAGAACUGUUCGCGAGAACGCCUACCGCGUCUGGUGCUUAUCGCGAACCGCCUGAGCGAGUACCUAGACAGCAUUCCGUCACACAAGCUGCGCGCAGAGUACCCUUAUGUUGGACGUCUCGCCCCGCUCCUGACCUCGCUUCCACUGCCACCAUGUCCAUCAUCGGUCACGGCCUUCAACAAUCUCGCGGUGCAGUUCGUAACGCCCGAAACCUUGACGGGCGUGGAUGACGCCGCCCUUAUGGGGCCUCCCUCCGCGGCUCCAGCGGGGUCACACGACAAGGCCAUUAUCACGCCGUGA